UGCAAACAGACCUACAUGAAGGCAUAUGAAUUUUUGUUAGAGCCUUUAAAUGGUCCUCAAGAGUGGCCUACUUCUGAUAGCAUUGUUGUGGCUCCAAAGGUGAAAAAGGUCAAUGGAAGACCUGAAACAAAGAGGAGAUAUGGUGUUGGAGAGGUAACUGCAUCUGGUAAGCUGAAGAGAACAGGUUGUUCUAUGAAAUGCAGCUUAUGUGGUGUGAUAGGCCACAACAAAAGGGGUUGCAAGAAUGCCCCUAAGAAACAACAACACAGCAACAAUCAUGCUACUGCAGAGCAGACCACACCACAACAACAACACCCAAGAACCAGUUCAGCUAUACCAAUGCACAAUAGGGGUGUGGGUAUUUAUACCUACCCAAAUGGGUAUCAAAGAAUAGCUACUCCUAUAUCACAACACUUCCCCACACCACAGAGGCAAAGACCUCCUGCAGCUUUCUAUUCUGAUCAUGGGGGUGAGCAAACCAUCUACUCCUUCCCUGCACAUGACUUCCCAUUGUCACAGACUCAACCAAGUCAAGGACACACAAUAUCAAGCCAAGCAUUGCAGGAUCUUGCAAUGGCUAGAAGAUUAGAAAAAAGACCAUGAG